AUGAAGCUGAACGAAAGGAGCCUCUCCUUCUACGCCACCUGCGCCUCUCCGGCCGACCACGCCGGCUUCCUGCACAAGAAGGGCGAGCGGAACACGGCCUACCACCGGCGCUGGUUCGUGCUGAGGGGGAACAUGCUCUUCUACUUCGAGGAGCGGGAGAGCCGCGAGCCCGUGGGCGUCAUCAUUCUGGAGGGCUGCCGAGUGGAGUUAUGCCAGGACAGCGAGGAGUUUGCCUUCGCCAUCCGAUUCGACGGCCCCAAGUCCCGCACCUACGUGUUGGCGGCCGAGAACCAGGCCGCCCUGGAGCGCUGGGUCAAGGCGCUCUCCCGCGCCAGCUUCGACUACCUGCGCCUGGUGGUGAGAGAGCUGGAGAAGCAGCUGGAGGAGAUGCAGGCGGCGAUCCCGGGAGCCCAAGCGGCCCCGAGACGGCGGCUGCUGUAUCGGAAAAACAGAACGGCGCCCAAUUUGGAACUAGCUGCUCUGCCACGGGAGAAGCCCUCCCUGCCCGUUUGCAUCCCCGGGAAAGAGAACGGCUGUGCCUUAUGGAAUAACUCCGAAGCCUCGGCCAGCUUGUCUCCUGCCUGCAGAGAGGUAAACCCUUGCAGCGGGGCCAAGAGCUACGAUGGGGGGCUCAAGCCGCCACCGUUGCCCCCUCGGAGACGGUCCUUGCCGAGCAGCUCCGGCGGGGCUGGCGGCCCGAGCUCGGAUGGCGCCGUGUCUCUAAGCGCAGUGUGUUUUUCCCAACUGCACGGCUGGUAUGGCCAGGAGAUUGUGGAGUUGCGGAAGGCCUGGCUGGAAGGUCAGAAGGAGGGGGACAGCAGCCUUUGAAUGUCCCCGGAGGUGGACAGGCGCUUCCUGGAAAAACUGAAGCGGCUGAAGCUCGGCCACGCUUGGAAACCUACCAGCACGGACUUCUUUUGCAGAUGAGACUGCUGGAAACUUUGCCUUCGGUCUGCCGAUAGCAGCCUUCCAUGAUUCAUGGAAAAGUCAUGGCCGGUGCCAGCUCACAUCCUCCCCCUCCUCCAGAAAUCCCCCUUCCUCAAACCGGCAAAACUUUCUAGUUCCUGGAGGCCUUCACCGUUAAGGGAUGAGAUGUUGUUGUUGGAAACCAGGAAAGGUUUUCCUCUGGAUGCACGCACAGCCCCCCCCGCCCCCCCCAGCAGGCGAACUAGGGGAAGUGAAGCU